UCAUCAUCGAUUAAAAUGGAUAAAUUAUUUUUAAAAUUUUUAAUUAUUUGGUUAUCAUUUUAUAAUGUUGGCCAUCAUUGUCGUCUUUAUGAAUGGAUGCAUCAGAUUGUAUUAGAUUCGAAUAAUAAAUAUCAUUUAAAAUGGUUAUUCAAUAUGAAACAAGAGCUUAUUGUUUUUAAUGUUUGUAUACAAACACAUGGUUGGUUUGGUUUAGGUAUUAGCCAUAAUGGUCAUAUGACCGGUAGUGAUAUUGUUAUUGGUUGGGUUGAUCAAUCAGGUCGUGUACAUUUACAGGAUCGAUUUGCUGAAGAUGAAGAAAUGCCGGUUAUUGAUGAUAAACAAGAUUGGUUAUUAGAAUCUGGUUAUGAAAAUGAUACACAUACUUGUAUUACAUUUAGUCGUCCAUUUUUAACAUGUGAUUAUGAUGGCGAUUUACCUAUUACGAAUGAUGUAACAAAAUUAAUAUGGGCAUAUAAUGAUGAUGAUCCAAUUGGUUAUUCAGCAGUAUUAUCCAAACAUUCACAUUAUCAACGUGGUCAUAAAAGUGUUCAUCUAUUAAAUUAUAAAUUUGAUGAUAAUCAUUUUGAACAUUCAAUGAAAAUGAAUUCAAAUGAUAAAUAUUCAACAAAAAUUAAAUCAUGGGAUAUAACAUCGAAAAAUUUUACCAUUUCACAUGAAUCGGAUACAACAUAUUGGUGUAAAAUUGUUAGUCCAUCAUUUCGUUCGAAAGCUCAUGUUAUAAGGAUUGAACCAAUCAUAUCACCGCAACAGAAUGCACCAUUUGUUCAUCAUAUGGUUUUAUAUCGAUGUUUGCAUCCAAAUCCCGAAUUAAUGCGAGAAUAUCUUGAUCAGCCGGGUAUUAAUUGUCUUGAUUUUGCCAAUAUGCCAUUCGAUUUUUUUCAUUGUCAAUCAAUCUAUAUGGUUUGGACGACCGGUGGUGAAGCAUUUAAUCUACCCGAUAAUGUUGGCAUACCAAUAUUUGAAGAUCAUGAAACAACAUAUUUUAUGUUUGAAAUUCAUUAUGAUAAUCCAGAAUUAAAAGCCAAUAUACAGGAUUCUUCAGGUCUUCGAUUGUAUUAUACGGAAAAAUUACGUAAAUUUGAUGCCGAUACAGCUACAAUGGGUUCAGUUGUUGAUUAUCGUUUGAUCAUACCAAAUGGAUUUGAAAAUUUCACUGUUUCUGGUCAUUGUUCACCAGAAUGUUUUCGACAAAAAAUACCUGUAACCGGAUUGAAUGUUCUUGCAGCCUUACCACAUGGACAUAAACAUUUAAAACGAAUUGUAGUAAGACAUUUUCGUGGCCACGACGAAUUACCACCAUUAGCUGAAGAGAACAAUUAUGAUUUUAAUUUUCAAGAUUUUCGUCGUUUCAAUGAACGACGAAUCAUUUUACCCGGUGAUCAGAUUACAGUUGAAUGUACAUACAAUACCGAAUCAUUGAAAAGGCCAAUUCUGGGAGGAUUAUCAACACAGGAAGAAAUGUGCAUGGUAUUUCUUGUUUAUUAUCCACGUAUGAAAGGCGUACGAACAUGUCUUAGUGGACUAACACCGGAAACUGUCAUGAAAUUAUCUAAUAUUGAUCAAGUUCAAAAAUUGGAUGAAAAUGAUAUGAAUCCGGUCAUCAUACAACCAUUGGAACAUGCUAAUCAAACAUUAUCAACAUAUGUAUUGACAAAAGAAGAUUGGCAUAUACCAAAACAAACGUUGUUUGAUAUUGGAAAUCUAACCAAUUUAAUACGUUAUGCACCACAAAAAGCACAAUGUUUUUGGCGUAAAAUUGAAGGCAUUGAUGGUCUUGAAGGAAUGGAUGAAAUAAAUGAAUUGAUUACAUAUCCAAAAUUAUAUCGUCCAUAUGAAAAACCAAAAACAAAAUGUCAUCCGGUUAUCAAUAGUCAUAUAAUACCACCAAGAUUUAUUUCAUCAUCAUCAUCAUUAUCAUUGUCGAGUUUAUUUAAAUAUCUAAUUUUUAUUCUCAUCAUCAUCAUCAUCAACAUAUUCUGA